GAUUGCAGGAUCCCUAAAUAUUGUCGGGGCGUUGAAUCUUACAAAUUUGCUAGUGUAUAUUCUCGUCAAAUCUGUAUCUUCCUUCUUCGUUCUUCUUCUUCUGGGUUUGAUUGGCGGACGAAGGGAGCUGAAUCAGAGCUUCAGAAUUGAAUUUGAUCUUUGAUUUUGUUCCGGUUAAGUCACGACGAGGCUUUGGUGUUUGGAGCAUUUCUGAGGAAUUAUGGGAUAUCUGAAUUCUGUUUUGUCAUCUUCGAGCCAGGUUCACUCCGACGAUGGACCUGUUAGCGGCGGCGGCCUCAGUCAGAACGGGAAGUUCAGCUAUGGAUAUGCAAGCUCUCCCGGUAAAAGAUCUUCAAUGGAGGACUUCUAUGAAACUAGGAUUGAUGGCGUUGAUGGGGAAAUUGUUGGUCUAUUUGGAGUCUUUGAUGGACAUGGAGGUGCACGUGCAGCUGAAUAUGUGAAGCAAAAUCUGUUCAGUAACCUUAUCAGGCAUCCAAAGUUCAUAUCUGAUACCACAGCAGCCAUAGCUGAUGCAUACAACCAAACAGACUCAGAGUUCCUUAAAUCAGAAAAUAGUCAGAACAGAGAUGCUGGUUCAACGGCGUCCACAGCCAUCUUAGUUGGUGACCGUUUACUUGUUGCAAAUGUCGGGGACUCUAGAGCUGUUAUAUGCAGAGGUGGCAAUGCUAUUGCUGUAUCCCGAGAUCACAAGCCUGAUCAAAGUGAUGAGCGCCAAAGAAUUGAGGAUGCAGGAGGCUUUGUCAUGUGGGCUGGAACAUGGAGAGUUGGAGGAGUUCUUGCUGUUUCUCGUGCAUUUGGCGAUAGGUUGUUGAAGCAGUAUGUUGUUGCUGAUCCGGAGAUACAGGAGGAAAAAGUCGAUAGCUCUCUCGAGUUUCUCAUUCUUGCAAGUGAUGGUCUCUGGGACGUUGUAUCUAACGAGGAAGCCGUAGGCAUGAUCAAGGCGAUAGAAGAUCCCGAGGAAGGUGCAAAGAGACUGAUGAUGGAAGCUUACCAAAGAGGAAGUGCAGACAACAUAACUUGUGUCGUAGUACGUUUCUUUUCAGACCAAGCAGGAGGAAUAGGUUCCAGCAGCACCAGUAUCCCAAUCGAUCAUGGUAUCAUACCUGACCGAAUCUCCGGUGACUCAUCAACCUAGUUCUAACAUUGGUAACGUUCAUUCGGAUUUCGUGAUCUCAAAACAAGUGAAUCUGGGAGAUUAUAUAUUGUUAUAAAAAGGUCGAAGGUUU